AUGCAUCCCCCGCCCCACGCCGGCAUCCCCCGCCCCACGCCGGCAUCCCCCGCCCGCCGUCCCCAGCACUGCUCGGGCGGGCAGAGCGUGGCCAGCAGGUGGCAGCAGCACGCUGCCCUCCGAAAGCGCGGGGCGGGGGGCGGGGGUGGGGUCAGGGAGGAGCCGGGGAGAGCUGGGGCGGGGGUCCCUGAGUGCCACUCUGCGGGGGCACCCCCAGUCCCCACACGAGUGGCUUUGGGGAAGACCCAGUUGGUGGCACCAGCUCCAAACCCCGAGGGGUCAGGCUGGGCUGAGGGGUGCACGGGGGGCUGCGGUGGGGCAGCCCCCCCUGCACCCCCAUCGUCCCGGUUGCCCCCCACCCUCGGCCGACGCUGCGCCCCUCUGUCCCCAGACCUGUGCAGCGGUGAUGUCCCCGAGGUGGAGAUCAUCAGCCUGCUGGGCGAGCCGCUGCCCCGCUACACGCUGCGGGCUGACACCCUCUUCGGCUAUGACCAUGAGGACUGGCUGCGUGCCCCCCCCCGCCCCCCAGAGCCUGUGGCCCCCCUCACCCCCCAGCAGAUCGAGGAGACCCUUCGGUAUUUCCGUGAGUGCCCCGUCCGGGGCGGUGGGGCUGGCGAGGGCAGCGGGCACAGGCAGGACUGGUGGCACUGGGCCGGGGCAGCGCAGGAGCUAAUCCUGCUAAUGGGAUUGAUGGGCUGGAUUUCCUUGGCCAGAACAUCCCGGGCUAAUUCUGGGAGCAGCUUCUGCUGGGCUGAGUCGGAUGCUCGAAGGCAGCCCCCGUUGUCUCCCGGGACCCCUGCCCUGUGCCGUGCCUCUCUGGGGUGGGACACUGGCAGGGGGACGGGUGCCGGUGACCCCCAUGGCCACUGCCCCACCAAACCUGGAGUGGCCGAGGUGGGCACAGAGCCACUGCUGCCAGCAAAGCCCCCGGAGCGGUGGGGUGUGGGUGCCUGGGGGGAGACACUCACAGCCCCCAUGGUCGCGGGGGGCGAUGCCCUGUGGUGAUGCAGCCAGCCCCGCUCAGGGUGCGGGGUCGAGGGUCAGCGGCGGGGGGACAGGGGGAUUAUCUCUGCUUUGUGUCUGCCUCUGGCCCACGCGUGACGGGGACGGGAUUAGAGCAAGGGGCUGGGGGAUGGAUGUGGGGCAGCAGGAGACAGAUGGGGCUGGGGGCCCAGCCAGCCUGCUGGCCCCGCUCCCACCCCCCUGCCUGCGGCAGGCUGCGCUGGGGACAACCCCCUGCCGUGCCCUGCUUCUGCUUGCAGCCUUCCCCAUCCAGCUGCUCCCCUCCCUGUUCAGCAGGCAGCGGGGUGCAGCCCCCAGCCAUCAGCACCCCCUACCCUGCAGCAACAGCGUAAGGGGUUGAGCCCCAAAUCCCGUUUGCACACCACAGGGCAGGGAGCAGGGCACUCAGCAGGACCCCAGGCACCCCCAUCCCCUCCCCGUGGGCACAGCCCUGCUCAGCACUGGGUGCCCCACGGGUCGCGUUCCUCGGUGCCUCCAGUGCCACCGGCAUGUGCUGGCGCGGAGGGGGCCCGCGCCGCCUCAUCCCUUUACCCAAACCUCUAAGCCGCCAUCAGAAAUAGCCCCCUGUAAUCUGCUUGUGCAGAGACGCAGGGGACCUGCCCGGAGGAGCAAAUCCCUGGGGAGGGGAUUAGGAAGAAGCGUCUCCUGCCCGUGGAUGCCAAGAUGCUCACUUGUGUCCUUGGGGUCCCUGGGGGUGGGUGCCCAGGUGAGCUGGCUGGGUCCCUGUCCUCCCACUCGGCAGAAACACCGGUGCAAGGAGGAGGGAGAGGCUGGGAUGGAGGGUCCAGUGGUUACAGCAGGACGCGGUUUGGGUCAGGGUCCCAGCUGGUGGGGGUCCAGCAGGCAAAUAAAAGCACCAUGCGAUGAUGAGGGGCAGCUCCAGCCCCCAGCCUUGCCGAUUCAUCGAUUAAUUCGGUACUAAUGAGAAACAACACUGGGACAGGUGAUGGGGGCAGGCAGUGCCUACGUUGGCGUUACCAGCAUCACGCUCGGUGCGUCGUGGUGCUGUGGCAUGGGGUCUUCGGUGCAGCCCCGCUGCCCCCCCCAGCAGUGAGGCUUGUGUUACGUGCCAGCCAGCUCCUCCAUAAUUCAGCACGGGAUGAUUUAUUCAGCUCUUCUGCUUCGGUGCUGCCUUCGCACAAGUGUGGUUGUGGGGGUGCUGAGUGUGCCAGCCAGGGAGCGUGGGGCAGCCUGGAUGGGGCCCGGGGGGGCCCAUGCUCAGAGUAGGGGGGUGCUGAGCAGGGCAGGUUGGAGGGGGAUGGAAAAGCCCUUUGCUGGCUUGGGGACCUGGCAGGUCCCAGCACCGCACUGGGCACCCGCACAUGCAGGAUUUGCGGUGGGCUGUGUGGGACCCAGGCCUGUGGAAGCGGAGCAAGGCUGGCCUGGCACGGGGCAGGGAGCUGUGGCAAAGGCUGUACCCGGGCAUAAGCCGGCCGUGCCGGGGACCCCAGCCCUGCAGCCCGGGGCUUGGGGGAAGGACCCGAGACCUCCCCUCGUCCCUCCUAAGGGGCAGAAGCCGCCGUCUGUGUGUGACCUGUUGGGUCAGCCCAGCGCAGCUGCUGCUCAGGGACCGGUGACCCCUCAGUGUCCCCUCUCGGUGGUCAGCACUCACCACCACCCGUGGGGACCCGCGUGCCCAGACCCCCCCACAUCCACAGGCUGGGGGGCGAGAGGCGGGACACAGAGCCCAGCUGCACCAGCACCCCAGGGCUGAGCAGGAUUGUCCCAGUGGGUCCCCAGGACGCCUGGGGUGCCUGAUGGAGAGCAUGCCCCGGGGACACCCUGACGGGGACCGUGUCCCCAAGGCCUUUCGGGGGAGCAUGCAGCAGCGAGCCUCCCCACGCCGCGGGGGGAGCGGGGGGAGCGGGGGGAGCCCCCGGCCCCGCCCCCAGCCCCGGCCCCGGCCCCGCCGCGGUGGGACGCUCCCGGCAGGUGCGCGGAGACGGGGCGACCCUAUAAAUAGGGGCGGGAGCGACCGGCUCGGCUCGGCUGGGCGGCUGCGGUGAGCUCGGCUCGGCACGGCACGGCUUGGUUCGGCUGCGGUGGGCUCGGCUCGGCACGGCUCGGUUCGGCUGCGGUG